AUGACGCACAGAAAGUGGCUACCGGAGAAAGGAGAAAGGAAAAAGGCUAAAGAAAAUAGGCUCCUAUUUUGGAGAUCUCAAUUUUUCCAUCAUCUUCUCAGUAUACAUGAUUCAAAGCAUGAAGAUGAAAAAUUAGAAGAAGAAGAGGACGAAGAAAUUGGCCGCGUCCGAGUAAAGAGCACGAAGGCCAGUCCACACUGCUGCAAAGUACGAUUGACACCGGUUCAACAGAAACGACGACGGCUUCUUCUCGGACUCGCUAUGGGUGAACGUUAUUGUCCCAAUAAGAAACCCAAGUUCUCAAGGUUGGAGGGAGAGACUCUUGCCACGGCUUCCACUAUGGAGCAGCAACGUAAGAAAAUUACUUAUCAGAUAGACUAG